UGUAAUUCAUGUAAAAAAUGUAUGUGCUAAGCUUAAAAAUAAGCUAAACGUAAGCAAUACGUCACAAAACGUAACCGUGUAGUUACGUCAAAAAAUUGACAGUUCAUUAUCCGCAACUAACUUCGUAGCAUUGUAAGCAAAAAUUAGUUGCAAAGAGGAGAAGCCGCACUUUUGAUCUGAAUUCUGUGUUUUACGAGAUAAAUACGUACUGUUUUUGUAUUAUACUUUUGUAAAGAUUUGGUAAAAUACUUUUAAGUACAAAUAAAUCUACAAUAUGGACAAUUAUAUUUUUGAUGGCGGUCGCAUUACCAAAAUGGAGGUGGACUACUCACCUACCUGUGAUGAAAAAAUUCCACGCGCAAAAGAUAUGGUAAAAAAUAACCCAGAUUCUUUUCACGAAGCAAUAGAUAUUCUCUUGCAAUUAGAAAAGCAGACACGUUUGGGUGCUGAUAUGGUGUCAUGCUCCAGAGUUCUGGUAGCAAUUUGCCAGAUUUGUUAUGAUACUCAAAAUUGGAAUUCAUUAAAUGAAUACAUCUCUCUAUUAGUUCGUCGUCGUUCACAGUUGAAGCAAGCUGUGUCCAAAAUGGUACAGGAAUGUUGUACUUAUGUAGAUAAAACCCCAGACAAAGAAACUAAGAUGAAGUUGAUCGAUACUCUGCGCUCUGUAACGGAAGGUAAAAUUUACGUGGAGAUUGAACGUGCACGACUAACCAAAAUAUUAGCUGAUAUCAAGGAAGCGGAUGGAGAUAUUGCUGGUGCUGCUGCUGUUAUGGAAGAACUGCAGGUGGAAACUUAUGGUUCAAUGGAUAAACGUGAAAAGGUGGAACUCAUUUUGGAGCAAAUGCGUCUCUGCUUGUUGAAGGAAGACUUUGUAUCAACUCAGAUAAUUGCUAAAAAAAUCAGCAUUAAAUUCUUUGACGAUCCUGCCCAACAUGAUUUAAAGUUGAAAUUUUACAAUUUAAUGAUACGUUUAGAUCGUGAUACAUCAUUUUUGAAAACCUCACGUCAUUAUCAAUCAAUCGCUGAGCCAGCGCGUCCAAAACCGGCUGAAGUUGAGCCAAUGGAGACCGACAAAGACAAAAAGAAAUCUAGCGAUGAUGACAAAAAGAAGGAAACGAAGGAGGUGGAGGAAAUUAAGGAACCUAUUGAACUAACACCAGAACAGGAAAAAGAAUAUAAGGAAAAGUUAACUUGUGCCGUGUUGUACUGUGUGCUGGCACCUUACGACAAUGAACAAUUCGAUAUGAUGAAUCAUCUGUCACAAAAUAAAAAACUAGAAGAUAUACCUGUCUACAAGGAAAUAUUGCGUUUAUUUAUGUCUAAAGAGCUUAUUAAUUUCGAUACUUUUAAUGCGGAUUUUGGUAAAGUUUUAGCUGAAAAUGAAAUGUUUCAAGAUAAUACAAAACAUGGUCGCAAGUGCGUCACUGAAUUAAAAGAUCGCUUAAUGGAGCAUAAUAUACGAAUUAUUGCCAGUUAUUAUUCACGUAUUCACCUGAAGCGUAUGAGUGAACUGCUAAAUUUACCCUCCGAUCGUGUUGAAGAUUAUUUAUCGAAGUUAGCAAAUUCUGAUACAAUACGUGUAAAGAUUGAUCGUCCUGCGGAAAUCGUAUACUUCACUACAAAGAAGAGUCCCUCAGAUGUUCUUAACCAUUGGGCUAGUGAUGUCAGUGAAUUAAUGUCGCUGGUAAACAAAACUUGUCAUCUCAUCAAUAAAGAGGAAUGCAUUCAUUCAGUAUUGGGAGUCGCUUCAUUUGAUGAUUAAAUUAAGUGUUUCACAUUUUUUUUGUUUAUUUUUCUGUAUACAAGAAGUAAAAUGUCUCAUAAAGUAUGCAUUCAUUAAUUGAAUUAUAAUAACAAAAUUAUAAAACUGUAAAUUGUUUUUGUAUUUUAA